AUGGAGAGCAACCCGGCGCCCCGGCCAUCGUCAGGCCUCGAUCCAUCUACCCUAUUACUUCCUCCAGACCAAUCUACAACACAGUCAAGAGCUAUUCCUGUUCGUCGUGGCCAUUCCCGGUCUACCAGCAAUCCAUUUCCGGCAUUUUUUGCUGGGAAGGGAAGAAAAGCCCGCGGCGGGAGUAGAGACAUCAUAGAUUCUGAGUCUACAGAUGGCGAAGAUGGAUUACAUCCUGUCAUUACAAAUGCGCGGUCCUGUAGCCCUCAGAAACGUGCUGGCUCCGACAACCAUAUGGAAGAGUACCGGAAACGCAAAUGUAUGACAUGCGAUCAUACCAAUGCAUUCCCUUACACCAAAAAGGGGUUCCGAUGCGGAAAAUGCGCAACCAUGAAUGAUUUGGAACCUUACCGUAGCAGCAGACUGCGGCGUGGUAAGCCAGAUGAAAAACUGCAUCCAGAUAAUAUUCAGCAACCGCAAGCUAGAGUGCAAGAUGAAGCCGAGCUGUCCAAGCAGAACCCAGUUUACCCUCAGAGUGACAAGGAUGACACCAAUAUGCCUUCCGUGCUGGUAUCUGAUGUGCCAUCUACCUCUGGAACCUCGCCCCAAUCAAAGGCCAAAGUUGAUAACAUGGGGCUUCCUUAUACGCCUGCUAAUGGCGCACGCGGCAUUCGGAUAGACUCCGCCGCUCAACGGCUAGACCAGAGAAGUAGAGACUCUGGGGCCGAUGUUAAGGGUCCGACCACCGUAUUUCGUGCAUUAGAGCAAUACAUCACGACUUGCUUUGAUGGCUGUGAUACGCUUAAUAACUCAUUUAUAACCGGCAGAACCUGUUACCAUCGGGCAGCGAGUGAGGGCUCACAACAAUCAGUAGGGAGAAAAGCCUCUGUGUCAUCAGCAACCCCUGGAGAUCAUCAUGUGUCCAAUCUUGAUGAAAAGACGAUUCUCCUUGGUAAUUUCGCCGAGAAUGCGUCAUGGUGGGCGGAAAGCCGGCGUUCACCAAAAAGUCAGUUACCAAAUAAUGGUCAGUCAUCAAAAUCAUACGGAACGAAGACCAGUCUCACCAAUUCAAAGUCGCCUCGAAUCAACUGGCCAGAGCUUCUAGAAUGGUACCAUCUUGUUAUACAUGCAGGUGACUCUUGGAAUAGUAUGAUCCUUGAUUUACCCGAUAUGGGCGAGCAAAAUGCCUCCCCUACCAAGGACUUAGACGUUCUGGCUCAACUUAAUGAAGUAAUUAUGGAGUCAAGGUUUAUAGUUCGAAAGACCUUGCUACGAGCUACAGAGAAACUGCUCCAACGACCGAAACGACCGCUAAUACGUCCGGAUGAUACUCGGUUCCUACUUAUACUAAUUGAAAACCCACUUCUAUACUCCUCUGGCUCUAUGCCCAGGACCCCAUCUGGCGCCUCUCCCUCAACGGUGAUAACUCAACACAACCAGAAACCACCAGGCCUAUCCACUUCACCAUAUAGCAAACCUUCCCCUGAAAAGAGCAGUCGUCUUCAACCCUCCGCAGGCGGUAGUGAGUUAUCAAGUCUCAGAUACUCCGCCCUAAAAAGAAUUUUUGGGCUAAUCUCCAAUCUACCUAAUGAGUGCCAUCAUUCAUUUGUGGGAUGGUUCUCACGGCUUAUGCCGAGUCAUUUCCAAAGAUUGGUAGAGGUUGUCAAUGGAUUUGUUACUUUUCGGCUCGGCAAAUCUCACAAGCGACAAUCAGCAAAGGCCGAGAAUGGACUUAAUCUUGGGAGAUAUGUCCCUACGUUUUCUGCACCGGGGACCGUCACGCAUGCACAAUUGCACACAGCCCUUCAAGAAAGCCCAGAGAAAUCUCCAGCAAGUGAAAAUAAGCUGGUCAGCUACGCAGACGAUUGGCAAAUUCGUGCUGCUGCUCGUGUUAUGGCCCUUCUCUUCAGAGCUAAUGGUACAGGAAAUAGCCGAAAAGUCGAGGGUGGCCCAAGUGCAAGAGAACCUUCCUCUGUCUCCGAGCCGAAUAGCAAUCGCUUGAAUAAGAUUCCGAUAAGCUAUUUCUAUAAUGCACGACUUGACUAUGCCGAUCUUAUUCUAGAUUUCGAAGCAUGGGAAUCUCGUAGUGGAAAGUUUUCCUUCUGCCAAUAUUCGUUUUUGCUCAGCAUAUGGGCCAAGAUACAAAUUAUGGAACACGAUGCCCGUCGACAGAUGGAGGCAAAAGCUAGGGAAGCAUUCUUUGACACUAUCCUUGGUCGAAGAGGAGUAAGCCAGUACCUUGUACUGAAAGUCCGAAGGGACUGUUUGGCUGAAGAUAGUUUACAAAGCGUAAGCUCUGUUAUUGGGUCUGCUGAGGAAGAUAUCAAAAAGGGGCUGCGCAUAGAAUUUGCGGGUGAAGAAGGCAUUGAUGCCGGUGGUUUACGUAAGGAGUGGUUUCUCCUGCUGGUGAGGGAGGUUUUCGACCCUCUUCAUGCUAAUGAUCACCUUGCAGGCCUCUUUCUAUAUGAUGAGGAUUCCCAAUAUUGCUACUUCAAUCCAUACUGUUUCGAGUCGUCGGAGCAAUUUUUCCUGGUCGGCGUGGUUCUAGGAUUAGCAAUAUACAAUUCGACCAUUCUUGAUAUUGCGUUGCCUCCGUUUGCCUUCCGGAAACUAUUGGCAUAUUCACCAUCAAACGUUACACCUACAUUGUCAUCGCCGCCUCAGCCAUUUAAGCCUACCCUAGAUGAUUUAGCCGAGUUUCGACCUGCGUUGGCAAAGGGCCUACGACAGCUCCUAGAAUAUGACGGAGAUGUUGCUGAAACCUUUUGUCAGGACUUCGUAGUCCAAGUUGAACGUUAUGGCGAGACGAUCCAAGUUCCUUUAUGUGCUGGGGGAGAGAAUCAACCUGUGACGAAUGAAAAUCGUCGUGAGUUUGUGGAUCUCUACGUGCGUUACAUCAUUGACGGGGCAGUAUGCCGACAGUUCGAACCAUUUAGACGCGGAUUCUUUACUGUCUGUGGAGGAAACGCACUGCAUCUUUUUAAACCUGAAGAAAUUGAGCUUCUUAUCCGCGGCUCGGAAGAGCCACUUGAUAUUCCAUCAUUGCGUGGGGUAGCAAUGUAUGAGCACUGGCCAGCUUCCUCGCCAGACCGGGAACCAGUCGUAAACUGGUUUUGGGAUUUCUUUGAGAGGACCCCGGCUAAAGAUCAACCGAAGGUUUUGGGCUGCAAUGAACGGUUGGGCCUCCUGUACAUGAAGCCUGUAUGGCUCAUGUUCCCAUUAUUUGUUUAUUCUCACUUUGGCUGUAAAGACAGCUAA